AUGAGGACGCAGAAGUGCCACUAUCACUGCUACCACCACACUAUACCUGAUCUAGAGGAAGACAGUAGCUCCAUCUGCCCCUCCGUCUCCUGUGGUGUGAUGGUGGAGAGCUCAACUAGUAUCACUGUCCAGUGGGGAAGUGUACCAUGUAUCCAUCAGAAUGGAGACAUCACAGGAUACUCAGUCCAGUAUGGAGUGAUGGAGAGUGGAAUCACAGAGACUGUGACUGUCAAUGGAGCUAGUACCACUCAGACCACCAUCUCUGGGUCUCAUGUCAUCCACUACCUACACAUUAGAGUAGCAGCAGUCAACAAACCAACUCAUCUUGAGAACAUACAAACAGAUGUCAUGGACUACCCAUGUGGCAUUGUCAGGGAUGUUUUGAUUGCUUCCUCCCUAGUGCUGUCGUCUGACCGUAGAGUCCACAACGAUCCACCUCCAUCUCACCUCUCCUGGACCAGUGCUGGCGCAGAGGAGUCAGUUAUGAGGUGGAGUGGCAGAGCAGAGAGACACCUCAGUGGGGUGACUGAUGAGGACACAUGA